CGACUAAUGAAGUCAUCCACUGGUCAAACGUGUCGAUUCUCGGCAUUAUUUAUAAUAGCAAUGAUUGCUAUUAUAUGUCUAACUGUAGUUUUACUUAGAAGACAUGUUCGUGUCCAACAAAAUCUGUGUCUGACCUCAGAUUGUAUAACUGCGGCCUCGGAUUUGUUGAAAAGUAUGGACCGAACGGUAGAUCCUUGUAAUGAUUUUUUUGAGUACGCGUGCGGCGGUUGGACUCAUCAUAACAACAUCGAUGAGGAUGAGUCCCGUACCGACACAUUCACAAUCAUGAGAAAUCAGUUAACAAAUAAAUUAAAAUCAAUUUUGGAGACACCGAUUGCCGACAAUGAAUCAAAUAGCACUAAAAAAGCCAAAACUUUAUAUCAAUCGUGUAUUAAUGAAGAGCUGAUUGAAAAGAGAGGAUCUGAACCAUUGGUGAAAUUGUUGAAAGAAUUGGGUGAUUGGCCUCUAUUGAUGACCAAUAAUACGAGCAAUACUUACAACAAAAAUAAUGAACUUUCAAUGAAUUGGGUCAAACUUAUGGGAACACUUAGACAGUACAACAAUGAAAUCAUAAUCGGCCACAAUGUUGGUCCCUAUGAAUAUAAUGCAUCCACUUAUGCUAUUAAGCUAUAUCCGGCAACAUUAGGGCUAUCGAGUGCCGAUUUUUAUCAAAACACUAGUAGUCGUCAAUACAAAGCAUAUCAUAAGCUGAUCCAAGAGUACACCAAACUAUUGAACGCACCGUUAGCUACCAUUGAGUCCGAUAUAGAGGAUAUACUGCUUUUUGAGUCACGACUGGCCAACAUUUCACGACCUUUUGAAAAGAAUGGGGGCGCCGCCUAUCAACGCAUGUCUAUUAGAAAACUAUCGCGUUUAGUGCCUAAUAUUAAUUGGAAAACCUACUUUGAACUGGCCAUACCGGUGCCCAUCAAUGAUACUGAAUCGGUAGGAAUUUAUGGUCUAGAUUAUUUUAUUGAUGUCCAGGAGCUGGUUGAUCAAACAAAUCAACGUACCAUGGUUAAUUAUUUAUUAUGGCGAUUUGUAAUGAACCGUGCUAAUAAUUUGGACUCCAGGUUUGAAAAAGUACAACAGGAUUAUUAUAAAGAAAUAUUUGGUACAAAAAGUCAAUCAGCCAGGUGGAAAAAAUGCAUUGAUUAUGUUAAUAAUAAUAUGGGUAUGGCUGCCAGUGCACUGUAUGUUCAUCAAUACUUCACCAGCGAUAGUAAAGCUAAGGCUGAUGAAAUUAUCGAAAAUAUUAAACUUGAGUUUUAUAAAAUAUUAGAAGAGAUAACAUGGAUGGACCAGGAAACUAAACAUGAUGCUAAGACCAAGGCAACUGUUAUGGAACAACAUAUAGGUUAUCCAGAUUAUUUAAAUGACAAUGAUAAAUUAGAUGAGGAAUAUGCUCAUUUUAACUUUGAAAUUGACAAAUACUUUGAAAAUGUUGUGGGAUUUCUAAAAAAUUCAACAAAUAAAACACAAUCAAAAUUAUUUACUGAAGUCGAUAAAGACAAGUGGACUAUUAUGCCCAGUGUAGUUAACGCACAUUAUCAUAGAUAUAGAAAUUUGAUGAGCUUUCCAGCAGCUGUAUUGCAAACUCCAUUAUUUGACAAAAACUAUCCAAAUUCAUUAAAUUAUGGAGCUAUUGGUUCCAUUGUCGGUCACGAACUAACUCAUGGUUUUGAUUCAAAUGGACGUCACCAUGACCAAUAUGGUAAUCAACGUUUAUGGUGGCACCCAAAUACCAUUGACCGGUUUGUUAGCAAAUCUCAGUGUAUGGUUAACCAGUAUAACAACUAUACAAUUAGAGUCCUGAAUGAGGAUCACAAGAUCAACGGUAUGCUUACAUUAAGUGAAAAUAUCGCAGAUAAUGGAGGAAUUAAGCAAUCAUUUCGUGCUUUCAAGAAACUGGAGCUUAAGUACGGCGCCGACCGUUUGCUUCCCGGUGUGAAUCUCACACAGAAUCAGCUCUUCUUCUUAAAAUAUGCUCAGAAUUGGUGCCAAUCGAUGACAGAGGAGGGGAUGUUAACUGCAUUGAAAACAUGGAAACAUACGCCGGGAAAAUAUAGAGUUAUCGGUGCAUUACAUAACUCGCGUGACUUUGCACGUGCAUACAACUGUCCCGAUGGUAGUCCUAUGAAUCCGGUGCACAAAUGCGAGGUUUGGUAACUCUUAGCUUACCGUUCCUAAGCAUUCAGUCCCACCAAAUACAAUACAAACUAAC